AGAACAUUAUCUCUUUUCUUUGCGUUCCUCUUCUUUUAGUCUGACCAUCGGUCUGGUGGUAGCCAUGGUGAUCCUCCAGAUAGCUUUGGUACAGAUUUUUUUUCUCCAGGACAAAAUUUCUCCUGAUGAUAAACAAAAACCUCUGGCUCUCAAUAAUAGAAAAGCAUUCCACUGCUUCAACUACUUUUUCUUUUUCUAUAACGUGAUCAUGGGCAUAAGCAACUGCAUCAUGAGACUGCUGAUCAGCAUUGUGCUGGGAACAUGGCUGGUGUCCCGCAUCGACCGCACAAUAAUGCAGCGAGGCUAUGAAACCAUGGAUGCGGGUUAUAGUACGUGGAUUGGGAUGAUCUUUGCUGACCACUAUCAUAACAGUCCAGUUAUGGUGUGCUUCUGCCAGCUGCUUGUCUCCACCACCCUGGACAAACAUAGACUGGCGACAUACUCCACAUUAAACAACACACCAUCUGAGUAUUCUGUAAACAGUCGAGCCAGGAGACGUUGGACAUUGUCAUACACCCUCUUGAGGAACCCCCAUCUUAUUCUGCACAGGAAGCAGCAUCUCUCCUCUUUGGGGGUUUUGGAUGUGUCUUCUUCGCUUCAAUCGGACACAAUAUUGCAAGCUUGGGUCAUGGCUUCACAAACACAAAGGACCAAGGCAGCGUCGGUGCACUUAGCAGUGAGCACUGAGACACAAACGCCGGACUACGAGCAUGCAUAACUUACAUACACACUGAUACAUAUUUUGUGACAGAUUGGAGGUCUUAUCAAAAUGCACUUGUGAUUUGAUAAGUUGAUAAAAAUUGAAUUGCACUUUGUUUACACUUUAGUUUGUAAUUAUGGUAGAGUUUCAUCUUCUUAAAAUUAUUUCUAAAUAAAUCCAUGCACAUUUAUUUGUACAGGUUUGCUGAACUCCUGUGAUAUUUUUUAACAGAAGAGUUAAGUAUCUGUUCUAUCAUCAAGAUUGAGUAAUGCCCAAAAUUUUAAAAUGUGGCAGAAGGGAGGAACACAUCUUUAUUCCAUGACUUUCUGCCAGUAACUGUGGCUAUAUAGAACUCUUCACAGCAGCAAAGACAUCACAAAAGACAAAUGUUUGACCCCUAACUGUUGCUUGCUGGGUGAGAGGCCUGAAAGAAAGUCAUAAAGAAAAAGUGUGAAGUUAAAGAUAUAACUUAAUUCAUUGCUGAACUGGUCAUUAUGGGACUGUUGCAUUUUAGUACAUAAAUCUGUCCAUAUUUUCCCUUGUUUUAUCAAUAUAGCACAU